CGCCGUGUGCGCACGCUGUGUGAGGAGGACGCGUGCGCGUGCGGGUGCGCGCGGGUCCGGUGCGGCGCGGCGGUUCCGGCAGUGCGCCUGUGCAGCCCGCGCGUCCGGAUGGAGCGCGGUGGCGGCUGCGGGGCUGCAAGCGGGACGGAGGGGGCUACGCGGGGAUCCCCACUCCCCGGGAAGAUGGCCGAGUCAGGCGCCGUGCGGACUUCCCCGCCCAACCACCGACCUUCAGGCAUGGAUGGAUUUUUAAGAUCUGAUGAGAGACAAAGACUAGCUAAAGAAAGACGAGAAGAAAGAGAAAAAUGUCUUGCUGCCCGGGAGCAGCAGAUCCUGGAGAAACAGAAAAGAGCGAAACUCCAGUAUGAAAAGCAAAUUGAGGAGCGAUGGCGGAAACUGGAAGAGCAGCGGCAGCGGGAGGACCAGAAGAGGGCAGCUGUGGAGGAGAAGAGGAAGCAGAAGCUCCGGGAGGAGGAGGAGCGGCUGGAGGCGAUGAUGCGCCGGUCCCUGGAGCGCACGCAGCAACUGGAGCUGAAGAAGAAGUGCUCGUGGGGAGCUUCACUGGCCAAUGGGCCUGGAGGUCGUGAUGGUGAAUCAGAAAAUACCCCACCCCCUCCUCUAGGUUUAGCAGCCAGCGCCCUCCCUCCGGACCCAGGGACCACUGCCACCACUGCCGAGUCCACCAACGCAUGUGACAAACUUUCAACAUCAACCAUGAAUUUGCCAAAGCAGACGGAGCCUCCCAUGAGUAAGCGCCUGUCUUCAUCCACCGUGGCAAUAUCCUAUUCCCCAGACCGAGCUCAUCGUACAAACCUUAGUCCCAUGGAAACCUUUCUUGUUAUGCGACUCUUGACACCUACACAGGCUUCUUUAGCCAGAAGCAGAAGUGCACUCAUGCUCUCUGAGCAGGCCAGUGACUCAGUAUCCCAUGCCUGUCCUCGUGUAGCUCCUGCUGGCGCUCUUAAAUCUUCUUACAAGUCUUCUCCUACUCGGAGUGCUGAGAGGAAGAAGACUCCGUCUACAUCUGGUGCAGGAGAUUCUGGGAAAGGAGCCCCUGCAGGAGCAGAGGCCUCUCCGACAGAGAAGAUGAAGAGGAGUCCUCGAACAACUUCUGUUCCCAGUGUGGGCCUUGGGUCUCCUUUGAGAAGAUGUGAGUUUCCAGGAGGCAUUUCUAAGAGGUCAUCUUCUCCAGUGACAUCCAGGGCAACAUCUAAAGUGUAUCCACAGUCUCCAAAGAAUAUGAAGCCGCCAUACCCAGGGUCUCCUGUGAAGUACCGCUGUCCCACCUUUCCCAGCCAGGAAACACCCAAGAGGAAAGCAGAGAAAGAGAAGAGCAAUAAGGAAAGGGAAGGUGUCCUGGCUCAGCAGGCAGCUGGCCUGCAUGGAGAGGAAGCCCCAGAGAAGCAUGUGGUGGACAAGCAUGUCACUGAGAAGCAUCUUCUGGAUAAGCAUGUCACUGAGAAGCAUGUGGUGGACAAGCAUGUCACUGAGAAGCAUCUUCUGGACAAGCAUGUCACUGAGAAGCAUGUGGUGGACAAGCAUGUCACUGAGAAGCAUCUUCUGGACAAGCAUGUCACUGAGAAGCCUGUGGCCACAGGGAAGGCCGAGAGCAGUGGAGCCUCAGGAAAACCUACAGCAGGCACCACUGAUGCAGGGGAGGCUGCAAAGAUCCUGGCUGAAAAGAGACGACAGGCCCGCUUGCAGAAGGAGCAGGAGGAGCAGGAACGACUGGAGAAGGAAGAACAGGACAGUUAUGUUCUCAAAAGGCUGGAGAGAGAGGAAUUGAAAAGAAAGGCAGAGGAAGAAAGACUUCGCCUAGAAGAGGAAGCCCGUAAGCAAGAAGAGGAAAAGAAGCGGCAGGAAGAGGAAGAAAAAAGAAAGGCAGAAGAGGAGGCUAAGAGAAAGGCCAAGGAGGAGCUGUUAUUAAAAGAAGAGCAAGAAAAAGAAAAACAAGAAAAAGAAAAGCAAGAAAAAGUCAUGAUUGAAAAGCAGAAGGAAGCAGUAGAAGCAAAGGCCCAGGAGGCAGCUAAACAGAUGCGUCUAGAAAGAGAACAAAUCAUGCUUCAGAUUGAGCAGGAGCGACUGGAGAGGAAGAAGAGAAUUGAUGAAAUCAUGAAGAGAACAAGAAAGAGUGAUGUGUCUCCAGAAGUGAAGAAAGAAGACCCAAAGGUGGAGCUUCAGUCUGCUGUGUGUGUGGAUAAAAAGACAAAACCAAUUGUCCCGAACAAAAUAGAAAUAAAUGGAUUAAACAACUGCCAGGAAGUUAAUGGUGUGGGGCGCAGUGGCCCAGAAACUUUUCCCCGAGACAUUUUCUCUAAUGGGCUUAAACCAGUUGGGGGACUUGUUCAUCUGGACACCCUUGAUGGGAAAUCAAACAGUCUGGAUGAUUCAACUGAAGAGGUUCAGUCUAUGGAUGUGAGUCCUGUUUCAAAGGAAGAGCUUAUUUCUAUCCCAGAAUUUUCACCAGUGGUGUUUGGAGAACCCAUGAAGCUGCUAGUAGUCCAAUCCGAGCUGCCGGUCCUCUGAAGAAGCUUCUGUUGUCCUAAAUCCCUGGAUUCCAAAUUAUUAGAUCCAAAUGUAACUGUAUAUUCCUAGUUAGUAUGUCAAACUCAAACCCUGGCCACUCUUGGUAGAAACCUUGAAACGCUGGCCUUGUUGGGCUUUAGCAAAAUUUCAUGUUACAGAUCUAUUUAUGGGCUUCAGCGGCUGAUAAAGCGCUUCCUGUGCUACUUUAUUAUCGUAGUGCUCCUCCGAAUAACCCAGGUGGUUCUGUGUUGGAAAUUCACCUUAUAACUGUUCUUAUUCCCAAAGCUGGAGUACCUAAACAUGUAGAUGUCUUUUCCUGUAAAUAUUCUAGACGUUAACCCAGACUCUGCUUAAGCAUAUAUACUGAACUUGGGCUGCUUAUCUCCUUGUCUCUGUUUAGAAGAAGAAAUUCCAGAGGGUUUUCUCCCUUCUCUGAGGUUUCUUUGUUGGAAGUUACUAUCAAGAAGCUUUUUUUAAUUAUUAAGCUUAGCCAUCUGUAAAAUGUGUUGCCCCACAUUACUUCUUGGGGACCUAAUAGAGUAAGUCUGGUUGAUUAUGGAAACAAGCAGUGUGGGAUGCUUUCUGUUCACUUACGCAUUUUCUUAUGAUGUGGGCACCUCAGUCUGGCAAGGAUCUUGUCAUUGUUGAACCUUAAAAAAAAUCUCCCAAGCCAUCAAGCGGCUUUUGGACUGAAGGAAGUUUGAAUGAAUUUUGUGUCUCAUGCACAAGUGGUUGGUUUCCAUGUUGUUGCUAUUGCUUUUCUCUUGGAUCUUCAGGUCCUUGUUUGUUUGCUCCUGUGUUUGCUCAACUCUGAUGAAGCCACACACAAAUGAAAAGGAUAGUGCUCUGGAAUAAGGAGGCCCUGAACUGGACCCAGUAUAUCACUUUAAUAGAUUUCAGUAUAAAAAUAUCCGAACGGGCGACAAAUGACACUAGAAUGUAUACUCCAUGUGUUUCAUGCACAUUUUCAGAACACAUAUAAUAAUGUGUUUUCUUAAUUUUAUUUCUUGUGGUGAAAUGUGACUUUCAGAUUAAAAUUACCUUCUCUGAAACUUUUUUUGACUUGUACAAUAAAGCGUUUGGAAAAGAUCCAUAAUUUUGACUGAGGUUUGCAACAAGGAGAUAAAAAGAAGUCUCAAUAGUAAUCUUGUUCAUGUGCUUUUAAAACCCGCUACAGUUUAAGACUUUAUUAGUUAUGGAAACGGUGUAUGUUUGUGUAUGUGUAUAUAUUAAAUAAAAUACAUGCCUCCAGUAA